AUGUCGUGUGAUUGCCGGGCCGGGCCGGGCGGCGGCACCGGUGCUGCCCGCCUCGCAGGAGCGCUCAGCCGGGCGGCACGAAUCGGGAGGGGAACGGAAUGGAUCCGUGCGAGCUGUACCGUCGGCGAACGAGGUCUGGGCAGUGUGCGCUCACCCGAAUCUGUAGGAGCGCACGGGGGUAGCCUGGAAGUCGCCCACAAACCGUCUUCGCCUCGAGGGAUCGUACACGAGCAUAGCACAACGUGGGCGAGCCUCAGCCCCCGCCUGGGCGCCCUGACGGCGGAGGCGCCGGCCUCCCCGCUGCCCCUCGGCGGCCACUUCUCCGUCGGGGGGCUGGUCAAGCUGCCCGAAGACGCCCUCGUCAAGGCGGAGAGCCCCGAGAAGCAGGAGCGGAGCCCCUGGAUGCAAAGCCCGCGGUUCUCGCCGCCUCCCCCGAGGCGCCUGAGCCCCCCGGCCUGCACCCUGCGCAAGCACAAGACGAACAGGAAGCCCCGGACACCUUUCACCACGGCGCAGCUGCUGGCCCUCGAGAGGAAGUUUCGGCAGAAGCAGUACCUGUCCAUCGCCGAGCGCGCCGAGUUCUCCAGCUCGCUCAGCCUCACCGAGACCCAGGUGAAGAUCUGGUUCCAGAACCGCCGCGCCAAGGCUAAGCGGCUCCAGGAGGCAGAGCUGGAGAAGCUGAAGAUGGCAGCGAAGCCCAUGCUCCCGCCUGCUGCUUUCGGCAUCUCGUUCCCGCUGGGCGGCCCGGCCGUAGCUGGCGCCUCUCUGUACGGCGCCUCGAGCCCUUUUCAGCGGGCUGGGCUGCCUGUGGCUCCUGUGGGACUGUACACAGCGCACGUGGGAUACAGCAUGUACCACCUCACAUAGAGCUGAGCC